ACUUUAUUACAUUUCUAUCAACCGAUUUACAAGUACCCAGCAGAGAAUGUUAGCCAGAAUAACCCGUCUUGGGUUGAGGAACCAGUUAAGAACCAAUUUGAGGAGUAAUUCCAGACUGAUAUUGAGGUAUCAGUCCACGGUGCAGGGGGAAACCAGGGUGAAGACUCCAGUUACGGUAGACCGGGAAUUUCCAGAUCCUUUUAAACAGCAGAAACAAAAUCGUUAUUAUUUCGUUGCCUACGGUAUUGGAGUCACGUUAUCGUGUAUUAUAAUUUUCAACUAUGAGAAAACCCGAUCUCCAGUGAUCAACUCUGUUUUGUAUUGUUUACGUAGAAGUGACAAGAUUAAGAAUGAAUUGGGGAAUAAUAUUGACUUUACUUCGAGUUGGCCAUGGAUUUCCGGGGAGUUGAAUACCAUGCAAGGAAGAAUAGAUAUUGAGUUUAGAGUUGGGGGAGACCGUAAUAAAGGUACUUUGAAAUUGAAAGCUACAAGAGAUUCUAAGUUAGAGCCUUUUAAUGUUCAUGAAUGGAAGUUAAUCAUUGAUGAUGGUCCCGAGAUCGACUUAAAGAAAGACACUUCGGUGGAGUUUGGUUUUUAGUCAUGUAAAUAGCACCGUAUCUGAAAAUGUAUAUAUUUGUAAUUGCCAGUGCAAGAUGCAAG